CUUAAGAGAAUCAUGGCUGCGCACUGUUCAUCAAUGGGGUUUUUAUUUACGUUUUUUCGUGUUUUCGCUUAUUUAAAACAGAGGAAUGUAGACAGAGUUUGGCUUCGAGUAUAAAUUUACCAAAAGACAUCAGGGGAUUUCUGUUGUUAAAGCUUUAUUUGCAUCAGGAACGCUGAAACAAGUGUUGUUUGAUAGCUAGCGGGUCAGAUAGCCGCCUGUCGCUGGUCCGAAUUGAGUUGUUGUAAACUCAGUUCACACUAAAUUACUUCGUGCUGCAAGGGCAAUGAUUGUAUAGCUUGUUAGUUAACUGCUACAAUAAUUACUAUAACUCGAGCGCAAUACGGGAACACCAUAGUUAUCUAUUCAUAGCUAUGUUUACCCCUGUAAAGUCGUCUUAUUUCAGAGUCAGUCCCACUACUAUCAACAGAGAGCUAGGCAAGACCAAGAUGAGAUAGCAAGAGGAGUUAUUAGUUAGCUUGCUGCGCGACGGUGAACACAAUUAGAAACUAAAUUCAGUCCCCAGAAGGUGCGUUUCACGGGACAUAGAAAUAGAGCACAGACACAAGCCCAGGCAUGUUUGGGAGUCUUUUCGAGGAAGAGGAGGAGGGAUUUUCUCCGGCUCCCUCCGGAGGUAGAGUUGUGAAGGGGGAAUGGGACCCACCUCCACCCCGGGGAAGAGUGAAUCUCAGCGGGAUAAAAAACCAGGGAGGGACGUGCUACCUCAACUCCCUGCUCCAGACCCUGCUCUUCACCCCGGAGUUCAGAGAGGAACUGUUCAGUCUGGGUCCAGAGGAAUUGGGCUGCCUGGAGGACAAAGACAAACCAGAGGCCAAGGUCAGGGUCAUUCCAUUGGAGCUCCAGAGGCUGUUUGCUCGUCUACUCUUGGUGGACCAACAGAGUGCCUCUACUGCUGAUCUCACUGACAGCUUCGGAUGGAACAACAGUGAGGAGAGCAGGCAACAUGACGUGCAGGAGUUGAACAGGAUUCUGUUCAGUGCCCUAGAGCACUCCCUGGUGGACACCAGCGGUAGUGCGUUCAUCCACCGCCUCUACCAUGGCACCACUGUUAACAGCAUAGUCUGCAAAGUGUGUGGCAACGUCAGCCAGAGACAGGAGGACUUCCUGGACCUGACAGUGUGUGUACGUGGUGUGUGUGGCCUGGAGGGGGCGCUCUGGGACAUGUUUGUGGAAGAGGAGAUGUUUGAAGGCAGUAACCUCUACCGCUGUGGCCAGUGUGACCAGCUAGUCACUGCUGCUAAGUCUGCCAAGCUGAGGAAGCUCCCUCCCUUCCUGACAGUGUCUCUGUUGAGGUUUAACUUUGACUUUGCCAAGUGCGAGCGUUACAAGGAGACUGGUCGCUACACCUUCCCUCUCGCCAUCAACCUCAGGCCGUUCUGUGAACAGACUGAAGGCGAGGACUCGCAGUACUCCUAUGAACUCUUCUCUGUCAUCAUCCAUAAGGGAGGCUGCUAUGGCGGCCAUUACCACGUCUACAUCAAAGACAUGGACCACCUCGGCUUGUGGGAUCCGCCGGAGGAGGAUUCCAAACCCAAGGUUCAGAAGAAGAAGGAGGAAGUGAGAGUGUGUCCUGAGCCCGAGAAAGACGACCCUCUAUCUGUACUCUCCUCCAUAAUAGCCCAGGAGGAGAGCAGGAGCGUGCUGCUGGACCAGCUGGGCCAGAGACUGAUGGACAAGAUCGGCUCUUCCUGGAGCAAGAAGUACAGGAAACUCCACGGCCCCAUAGGCAAGUUCCUCGAGAACCACAGUGAUGUGUUUGUGUUGGUCAAUAACGGCACUCAGGUGGUUCUGAAAGCCAACCCCCCUAGCCCGGUGACUCAGCCCCCGAGCCCAGCCCACCAAACCCCUGGCACUAGCUCUACCCCUACCUCAGACCCAGUCCAAAACAACACAGCCAACCCCCAACCAGAAUCAGGACUGGAGACAGAAUCGAAGACAGCACUAGAACCACAGGGCAGCCACUGGUUUGAUCUGAAUGACUCUACAGUGACGUCUAUCCAUGAGAGAGACAUAGAGAAAAUGUACCAGGGAAAAGAGAGCGCCUACAUGCUGUUCUAUAGGAAAACACUGCUACACAGGCCUGCUGAAGCCCUGAGGAAUCCUGGGUAUAAGGUUCCCCCUCACCUCUUGGAGAUGGCUGAAGAGGAGAACAGAAGACUACAACAGAGACGGGAGGAGUUUGAGGCCAGCAAUAACAGUGUUGAGCUGCGUCUCCACCUGGCGCCGCGCUAUAGGUUGGAGAACGGAGCUCUUAAACCAAUCAGCAUAGAGCAGAAAGAGGCCACCAACCUCACCUUCGACCGCCGCAGGAACGUAGGAGACCUGCGAAUGACCAUCUACCAGAUGCAGGAUCUCUGGGAGGGGGAUAUGGCUCUGACUGUGGCCAAAAGUCUACCAGCUGGCCUACAUCUCUACAACACUCUCACAGAUGACGAGGUGUCUCUUUACAGUGCUGGCAUCUUGACCGGCGCUGAUCUGUUUGUGUGGAACGGCAGAGAGGUUUGUGGAGCGACUGUCCAAACAGGAGCCGAGUGGGAACCAGUGCUGCUGACCGUGGUUCGCCCCUCUCUGGGAGAAGAGGAGGGGGAGGGAGGGGAUGAGGAGGGGGGAGGCGAGGGAGAGGAAGGAGGCUCGGGGCUGACGAAGCAGUCGAGGGGGUUCGCUGGGAGGGUGACUCUAGGAGAGGUGAGGGAGGCGUUAGGGGAGCCACAGGAGAGCCUCCUGUGUCAGGAGAAGAGGGGAGGAGAGGGAGGAGGAAAGGGAGGCGGGGCCAGCGGGUGGAGGGUGUUCCCUCCUGGAGACAUGCAGAGGACUCUGAGGGAGCUGGCCUUGAAGGAUGGAGACGCACUGCUGGUGCUGGAGCCACACACACAGGACAGCAGUGUGUUCAGUGUGAGUGGUGAUAUGGUAACCGUGACAACACCAUCAGACUGUCGCUGGCUUCAGGUGGAAUACCGGCCGGAGAGAAGAAGAGGAGGAGGAGGAGGAGGAGAGGGGGAGGUGGAGGAGGAGGAGAGGAUGAGGGCAAAAGUCCCUGCAUCUGGAAACAUGCUGCUGUGUGAGGUGAAACAGAGGGCCAUAGUGGAGCUGCAGCUACAGGAGCAGCUAGCAGGUGGGGCAUGCUGUCUGAGGCAGGUGGACCGUACAGGGAAACUCCUGCCCCCAGUGUGUGAGGAGCUGAGUGUUCGUGACGCUGGGAUCAGGCUGAUGACCUCCCUGUCCCUCUGUCUUGGAACGGCCCCCAAAGACACACAGCUGUUCCUGUACUUCAGUGUGGGGACAGCACCCGCCUCUGGCUUGGAGGGGGAAAUCAUUGUAGAGCAGUCCAGCACAGUUAAACAGUGUCUCAAGAAAAUGUUGGAGUCAGCAGGACUUGAAGGGGCCGGUUGGCAUCUAAGGAGGCUGGACUGGUGUGAGGAGGUGGGAGAGGCUUUAAUGGACGAGGAGGCGUCUCUCUCUGAGCUGAAGAUGAGUCAUGGAGACUCUCUGGUGAUUACUGAGGGACGACUUCCUCCCAAGGGUUUUCUGAAGCUGUCAGUCUGGCUGUAUGUGGAGCCGAGCGCCAACCCUGUGGUCUCCAUGGAAACAGAGGUCAACGGCACGGCCGAGGGGUCCAAGGAGGGUCAGCGGUUGGAGGUCAUGACUGCAGUCGGGGCCAUGGCGGAGCUGAGGACUGUGGGACAGGUGGAGAUCUCAGAGGAGGCUACACUGGAAGAGCUGAAGACUCAGGUGCUGACCCUGCCGUCGCUGCAGUGUGUGUGUGUGCCCACUCCUGCUUUUCUGCGCGUGUGGCAGCUGGAGGGACAGAGACUGACCGGUAUCCUCAGAGGACAACAACACACACUCAGGAAGUUGAAGUUUAGCAGUGGGGUGGAGCUUUGUGUGCAGCAGCUACUGAGAGAAGAGGAUCUUGGUCCUAAGGAGGUGUUGCUGCGUGUCCAGAUGGGGGUGCCUGGGGAGAGGAGUUACUACCCUCCAGAGGACCUGGUCUGGGAUGCUUCUCGAGACCCUUCCCCCAGAUCGCUACGCUCUGCCCUGGCCUCAACAUACGGCGUCUCUCCUGACUCCCUGCUACUGGCCAAGCACCAGCCACACACACACACCUGGGAGACUUUCUCCAACUGGAGCCAGCAGGUGUCCAAACGGAAGAAGAAGAAAAAGGCGGAGUCUCUGCUUGGAGCACCUUUCCACCUUAAAGACGGUGACAUCAUCGGUGUCAAGAACCUGUUGAUUGACAAUAACCGGGACUUUAGCACCCAACAGGAUGAGCAGAGGUUGAGGGAGGAGAAGGAGCAACGCAGGAAAGGAGGGCAGGGUGCUAGGGCUGAAGUUGAGACCAACCAAGGGGCGGGACCAGAGAAGAAGAUGGGGCCCAUCAAGGCCAGGAAGCCAGAGGUGGCCUUGUCAAUCAACGUGGGGGUGUUCAGAUAGCCCCCCCUUACACACAUACAGUACACAUGUACACACACACACAGACUUUCUCACUGUGGCGUCGCUCAACAUAAUGAGCAAUCUUCUGGACAUCUGUUUGUGUGCCAACAUUUUUGGAUAAUGUGUUCACACAGCAUGACCCCCAUAGAUCUGCUAUCUACUGCCAUUGUAGGUCUGGUGGUGGGAUGACUUACUGGUUCACUAUACAGACCUCUGUGUACUCAGUGUUACAAGCUGCUGUCUCUGACUCUCCUUCCAUCUCUGUCACUGUACCUCUGGAUCCCUUCUCCCCUCUAGAUGAGAUCCAAUAGGAACAAGUAUUUCCACUCAUAGUACUGGGUGUAUUACAUAUAUAUAUAUAUAUUGGUAUGCAUUUACAGUAUCUGCUGACUAGUUUGCAUUGGUACACACUACAGAGGUGUGUAUAUAUAUAUAUGAACCAGUAUAUUAUAGGUAAUAUAUAUACCUAUAUUUCUAAUAAGAGUCAGUUAUAUCCAUGCCUUAACAUGGACGAGCCACAAUUCAGCUCAGUCCAGAAUAGUCCUCCCUACCUCAUUUCUCUAUCUCUACCUCUCUGUUCCUCUCGCUCUAGCUCUGCCUCUCUGUUCCUCCCUCUCUC